GUUAUUGCUGGGCAACUGAGACAAUUAUCAGACAGACGCUCAGUAACAGUGGGACUGGGUUGGGCAUUGAGGACACGUUGGAUAGCCUAUAGCUUACCGCCGAGCAAAAGCAAGGAUAUUUCUUUGAAAAAGAGGGGAUGACGUAGCGGCCCGUGUGUGUGUGUGUGUGUGAGGUGACCCUAGCGUAGCGGAGCAGUCAUGAGUCUCACCUCCUGGUUCCUGGUGAGCAGCGGGGGCACACGGCACCGCCUCCCCCGAGAGAUGAUCUUCGUCGGCCGAGACGACUGUGAGCUCAUGCUGCAGUCACGGAGUGUGGACAAGCAGCAUGCUGUCAUCAACUAUGAACUGGCCAGCGACGAGCACAAAGUCAAGGACCUGGGCAGCCUUAAUGGGACGUUUGUAAACGACACCCGGAUCCAGGAGCAGAUAUACAUCACUCUGAAGAUGGAUGACAAGCUGCGGUUUGGAUAUGAUACCAACCUGUUUACUGUGGUACGAGGAGAACUUCAUGUGCCGGAGGAGGCUCUUAAGCAUGAGAAGUUCAGCAGCCAGCUGCAGCUGGGGAAGAAGCCCACCCCCGCAGAGCCCGCCAAGACCCCCAAGAGCAAACCAGCGGCCACUAAGACCCAGGAGAGGAAGGCCGCCGAGCCCAGCGCAGAACCUCCUCCGACCAAACCUGCAGAGACGCAGAGGGGAGAGGAGAAACCAGGAGACAUCGCAGCACUCCACAGAGGAACUCCUCUCUACGGGCAGCCAUCUUGGUGGGGCGACGGGGACGCUGAUGAUGAAAACUCCUUCAAGCAGGAGACCAAGACCUCUGGGAAGAAGCAGGAGAACUGUGGCAUAGAGGGCAGGGAAGGCAAGAAGGGCGAGAAGGAGAGGGCCAAGGAGAAUGGCCUGCCGUCCCUAGGGACUGACCCGGGCUACUUAGAGCUGGCCAGCAAGGAGGGCAGCGUGAUGGCCAGCAGCAGCAGCAUCCACGAGGUGCCCACCAAGGACACGGAGGGGUCAGCGGCGUCCGCCACCAACACGGCCGCCACGGCCGGCUCGUCUCAAGGCCACGCGUCCUUCACCAUCGAGUUCGACGCCGCCUCGCCGGGGAAGGUGACCAUCAAGGACCACGUGGCCGCCAAACUGUCCAGCGGGGGCAGCGUCAGCGGCCGGACCAAGAAGUCGGGGCCCACGGCCAAGGACCUGAGCACGCUGCAGGCGGCCAUGAUGGCGUCGGAGACCAAGGUAGCCGACUGGCUGGCCCAGAACGACCCGCCGCUCGUGCGGAGGGAGUCGGCCGAGGACGACAGCAAGACCAUCAACAGCGACGUGCCCGUCCACUUCCGGAGACUCAAAGGCAGCAAGCAUGCGGACGGAACCCAGAGCGACUCGGAGAACGGUCCAGGCCUUCGCUUCGGCAGCCGCAGGCAGGCCCUGGAGGAGCGGCUGAGGGCGGGCGGCAGGGUCAAAGGUGACGGCCCGUCCCCCGCCUCGUCCACCACAAGCCGCACGGCCUUCAUGAUCGAGUUCUACGACGAGGAGAACCCGCGCAAGCGCCGCUCCUACUCCUUCUCCCAGACUGCACCUCUCCUGGGCGUGGGCGGAACAGCGUCUGGAGGGGAGGGGCUGUGUCCAACUCCACCCCCCGCCAGGCCCAAGGGCGUGGCCAUGGAGGGCUCUGAGGGGUCAAAGGGCGGUGGGUCGGCCAUCUUGGCGGCGGCGGCGCCCACGGCGGCCCGGGUCCUGCAGAAGCAGCGCUCAUCAGACGAGCCCAGCGCCGCCAGCCGCAGCUCCGUCGCCACGGGGAAGUCAGCCAGUCCCACGGAGGAGACGCAGAAACUGGACGCAGGGGAUGACCAGAGCGACAAGGGCACCUACACCAUCGAGCUGGAGAACCGCAACCCCGAGGAGGAGGAGGCCCGGCGCAUGAUUGACAAGGUGUUUGGAGUGGAGGGGAGACGAGAGCCGUCCAGCGGUGGUCAGCAGCCAGGACAGGGGAAGCCCAGCGAGAGCAAGAAGCCGAGCAGCAAGAUCGCCGAGGUUGUCCCUGACGACCAGGUGGCUGUCGGGAGCCCCCACUGGGUGUCACAAUGGGCCAGCCUGGCGGCCAAUCACACGCGCACAGACCCCGAAGGUUCCGGAGCGGAGCCCUCUGCCUUUGUGCAUCAGGAGAGAGAGCCCGAUGCGUUUGAGUCCAGCGUGUCCCAGAGGAGCGGCGGCUCCACCACCUCCAGCCUGACGGAGCGCAAGAGGAGGACGCUGCCCCAGCUGCCCGCCGAGGAGAAGCCCAAGCUGGGCAAGGGCCCGCCGGGGCUGGGGCUGGGCCUGCGCUCGGAGAUCGGGGAGAAGCAGGACACUGAGCUGCAGGAGAAGGAGAACGGACACAAGGGAGACGGGCAGAGCCUGUCCUCCUCUGUUGUCGAGAAGGGCACCACCAACGGGGUGGCACUGUCGGGGGGCAAGCGCUCCUCAGAGGAGGGCGGCGGGCGCAGGAGGAGGGGGCAGGAGGGCAGGGGGAGCGGCAGCGAGAGCGAGAAGUCGGGCAGGCCGCUGGUGCGGCAGGGCAGCUUCACCAUCGAGCGGCCGAGCGGCACGGUGCCCGCCGAGCUGAUCCCCAUCAUCGGGCGCGGCGAGGGGGCCAAGGCGGCGCGCGAGCGCAGCGACUCCACGGGCUCCAUGGACACGGCCACGCUGCUGAAGGACACCGAGGCCGUCAUGGCCUUCCUGGAGGCCAAGCUCCGCGACGAGGGCCGCCAGGACAAGAAGCCGCUGCCGCCCGGCGCCUCCGUGGCAUCCGGCUCGAAGGGCCAUCGGAGCGCCGCGGCCGCGCGCACCGUCGGGGGGGGCUCCAUCUCGCCGGAGUCGGACGUGGACACCAACAGCACGGUGAGCCAGGCGGCCGAGGCGGCCGAGCGGAAGGCGACGUCGUCGUCCGGCGCCCCGGGCAAGCGCCGCUCGCUCAGCAGCCUGCACCGCGAGAAGAGCAACGCCAGCUCCGCCUCCAUGGCCGCCACCCGAGCCGCCGCCGCCACCGCCCGCGACCGCCUGGAGCGCAAGGCCUCCAAGAGCCGGCCCUCCGCCGCACAAACCCUCUCCAGCGGCGCCCACCACCGCGGACGCCAGCCCUCGCUGGACCUCACCGACGACGACCUGACCUCCUCGCACCCGCUCUCCACCAUGUCCGACGUGCUGUCCUCCGACCAGGACACGCCCUCUAGCCGCUCCUACGGCGGCCGCGGCAGCCAUUUUGCCUCCACCGACGACCUGCUGCUGCUGUCCAAGUCCACCUCGUCCCUAUCGGCCAAGACCACCCGGGCCAGCAGGGCCCUCCACGCCAGCUCGGGGAGCCUGGUCAGCAAGAGCGCCCAGCAGCAGCAGCAGACGGCAGGGCUGCCCACGCCCAGACCCACGCGCGCCUCCCUGCUGCGGAGGGCUCGCCUGGGGGAUGCGUCGGACACGGACCUGGCCGACGCCGACCGCGUCUCCGUGGCCUCGGAGGUGUCCACCACCAGCUCCACGUCGCGCCCGCCGUCCGGCAGGAAGGCCCCGUCGCGGAUCGACAUGCUGGCGCAGCCGAGGCGCACGCGUCUGGGCUCCAUCUCGGCGCGCAGCGACUCGGAGGCCACGGUGGGGGUGCGCAGCGCCGCGUCCAGGCUCUCCGCCGAGACGGCCCUCCGGCUGGGGUUGCGGCAGCCGGCGCCCGGCGACGGGAAGCUGACGCAGAAGUCCAGAGCCAGCAGCAUCUCCAAGCUCAACGAGGUCAAGGCCAAGGUCGCGCCGCCCACACAUGGAUCCCCCUCUGUGAGCAGCCGAUGGCGUCGCCUGACCCCGGAGUAUGCGUCCACCUCGGAGGACGAGUUUGGGUCCAACCGGAACCUGUCCAAGCACGGCCGCCCCCUGCGGGCCCCUCCGGCGCUGCGCGGGUCCAGGACGGGUUUCGGGGGGUCGGGCUCGGCCCCGCCCACGCCAGGAGCGGGCAGCAGCAGCAGCGGAGGAGGAGUCCUGAAGCAUCGCAUGCGAGAACACGACGAGUAUAUCCGCGACUGGACCGCACACAGCGAGGAGAUCGCCAGGUUAUUUCCCUGUGUGCGUAGGAUCAGUCAGGACCUGGCCAAGGACCUGGCCAUCCUGGCGCGGGAGAUCCACGACGUGGCGGGCGAGAUCGACUCGGUCAGCUCCUCGGGCACGGCGCCCAGCACCACCGUCAGCACGGCCGCCACCACGCCCGGCUCCGCCAUCGACACCCGCGAGGAGGUAUGGGGACAACUGGUGGACCGGGUCUUCGAUGAGAGCCUAAACUUCCGGAAGAUUCCGCCCGUGGUGCAGACCAAAGCCCCUGAGAUCAACGGCCGACCAGUCGAGCUGAGACCACGUGCCCCUGACAGCCUGGACCCAAGCGCUGCCCUCCGGCGCCGCACAUGGAACCGGGACGAGGCCGUGCUGGACAGCCUGCUCCUCACGUCCGUCUCUCAGCUCUCAGGCAAGAUACGCCAGUCUGUGGACAAGACAGCAGCUAAGAUCAGAAUACUGUUCAAAGACAAAGACAGAAACUGGGACGACAUUGAAAGCAAACUACGAGCAGAGAGUGACAUCCCACUCCUCAAAACUUCCAACAAGGAGAUCUCAUCCAUCUUGUUAGAGCUGAAGCGGGUGGAGAAACAGCUUCAAGUGAUCAACGUGAUGGUGGACCCUGAUGGCACCCUGGAUGCCUUAGCCAGUCUGGGCCUCACCAGUCCGGUGCUGUCCAAGGCCAGGACCAGCCCCAGCUCCCAGACCCCUCCCACCCCCCUGCCCGGCCCUGGGGCCACCAAGGCCCCCUCCGGAGCCACCUCGCCUGGGGCCUGCCAGCGCAACCUGGGCCUCAGCUUCACCCGCACCCUGCCCAGCGGGGAGGAGGCUGCCACUGUCGCCAGCAAGUGAAGAAGAACAUGUGUGUACACACACACACACACACACACACACACACACACACACACACCAUCCAUAGAGGAUUCAACAGCACACACAAUUAUGUUACCUAACUACACACACACACACACACACACACACACACACCCCUGUGUGAAUGGACUAUUAUAAACAUCUCUGUUUGACUGACAGAAUGAAUAGACAGUUGUUAGUGUAUAUAUAUAUGUCUGUAUAUCCAAUAAUACCCAACCCACUCUCCCCCAAGUCAACCACUCUUUCCCCUUUAGAGGUUUGUGAUUGUUCGCCUAUUGAUAAAGACUUUGUGAAGGGGAUUAACACCUUAGUCCAUUGCCACACACACACACGAAGACACAAGCACAAGCAACUGUGUGAGUGUGUCAGGAGGAGUAAUGGAGCAAUCCAGUAUUGCCACCACACACACAACAAAACAGCAAUCUCACAACUACUAUUCUGAUUGGACUCUGUGGCUUUGGCUCUUAGCCUAAGUCUUCAGUCAUCACUGCGCAUAAAACCUUCCAUCCAUCUCUGUUAAAAAAAACUGUGUCUGGUUGGUGUCAGUGUAAUUCUAAUGUGAAUCGAAUCAGACAUGGCGUGCAGGCAAAGAUGGAGAAUAUGGUAAAACGGAUUUAGGGAGCCCUGGAUUAUCAGAUUUACAUUCAACCGUGUGGGUACAGGUUCAUGGUCAAAAACCACUAUAAUGUCAAACCAAACGUCACCUCUUGUGGCAAUACAGUGUGGCUAAUGUGACUUUGUGUUUUCAACUGAGUGCCAUUCGUAUGCCUCUGAAAUCAAUCAAAUUCAAAUUCAAAUGAAAUUAUUCUGAGAUUUACUCAUUAAGACUGUUGAUAGCAGUAGACAUUAUGGAGGUCCAGACACUAUACAGACCUCAAGAUGCUCCUAAACCUUUAUCUGAAGCAAUACAGUGUGUGUUUAGAAAUGUUUAUGAAGGAAGAAAACAGAGAUGGAUGUUUCUCAUAGUCUGUCUCAAAUAAUCCCUCUCCUCUAUUCUGCUUCUCAAUGUACCCCAAGCAACCAAAGUUCAGUCAAUAUGCAGCCUCCCAGUAAUUGUACAAGAAAUGUGUGAUUGAAAUUGUUCUGUUUUUAUAAAAUACUCUCUCAAUUAUACAACAAGUGCUUUAGAAUUGUUUCGAUCUGACUUGUCUUUUCAAGCGCAAUCUUGUAAUGUACUUCAAGAAAAACAAAUGAAUAACAGAACUUUGGUCUCUUGACACAGUAUACAUUUUAUACUGUUUUGAACUCUUUUGGAUAUGUAAUAUAUGACACCAUAGAUGUUGCUUGCGAGUACUGACCAAUACUGAAUGAGAGUACGGUAGCAUUUCUUAUGACUUGCCUUACUUUGGUUUAAAACUUUAGAUAAAACAAACAAACCCUGUUGUCCUUAUAGCCUCUAGUAAGAUCUAGAACAGAAUGUGCUGUUUUUUGUUUGUUUGUAUUGGUUAACAACAGUGAGAACCCAUUUGUCUUUUGUGACACAUUUGCCCCCUGCCAUUGAAACACAAUACUAGCACCACUGAUUAAAGGUAGCACUUACUGUAAGUUGCCUAGCUCCAUUUUGAAAACUGCACUUUUCAGCUGUUAAACUGUCAAGUGGCUGCUAAGAAUGUCCUUAAAAAGCUGUUGUGAGUGAAACUUCCAUCAGUCGGCCAUCAUAGAAGGCCUUAACUACCUUUCAAUGAAUCUGUGGAAAUAAAAUAACAGGAAUGCCCAUGUAUUUUAACUCUUAUUGGUUAUUAUAGUGACACCAUACUGAAACUAAACCUUUUUAUGCCCCAGAGUUUUUUAAUCUGAAUCUUUUUUUUGAAUUAUUAUUAUUAUACAGUAUAAGUCACUCACAGCAGCUUUAAAACCAAUCAUCCUUUACUGCCUUUAGGCCACAUGUACUACAACUUCUGGACUUAACCAUAAUAUCAGUAUGUAUCAUGGUUUGUGCUGUCAUGACUCAAUAACAGUUAACCCAUACAUGUAAUUUUACAUUAACCACUCUGUGCUUAUACGUGAUAUAACAAACGUGCAGGAAACGGCAUUGGCACUCCCCUGAAUGAAAAAGACUGCGCCAUGCCCGUUUGCUUCAUGUGGUUUAUGACUGUUGCGCUCUGCCACUCUGCUUUGUCGUUGGGUUCACAAUGCUCCUGUAAUGCCUUGCCUGGUGCACUGUGUCUGUGUGUCUCAGCCUCCCCAUGAUGUGUGUUUUAUUUGUCAUUUUAGUUGCUGCUUUUCACUAGCAGGCGUGUGUGUGUGUGUGUGUGUGUGUGUGUGUGUGUGUGUGUGUGUGUGUGUGUGUGUGUGUGUGUGUGAGCGUGUGUGUGUGUGUGUGUGUGUGUGUGUGUGUAAAAUGUAAAAAAUGUAAAAUAAGUGUGUAUCAGGGGGAUGCUCACUCACGCACGCCUCAGCAGUGAAAAUGUAUAAACGACACCUGCGCUCUUACAUACCUCAGGGUAUGAUACCACCAAGUGCCCAGGGUUAAAAGAAGUCUUUUUUUUCUAUUGUUUUCAUUGUUUUGUAGUGUCCCCUGUUUAAAACAAUGUAUGGAAGCAGGACUUGGAGGGCUAGAUAAGUAUCAUUUUGCACAUCCCUUGCGCAAGAAAAAUAAUCUAGUAUUUCAAAUGUUAUGUCCCUUAUUGGACAUAUGUACAUGUAUAAAGAAAGUGAACGUCUUGACUCUUCACAGUUCUUCUCCCAUAUGGAGAAGGAAAGCCAUUUUGAAAUUUGUGUAGCCUAGUUAAAAGCAGCCAAGGGAUGUGUUAUGCUGAAGGUUUCGGUACACCUGUUAAUGACUUUUACCAUUAGUUUUUUUGUUUUUGUAACUGACGCAUACACAUUUAUCAGUGUUUUACUUUUUUAUUGUAUUUUAUUUAUUUUUGUUUAUUUUUUUCUUGUAUCAUAUGAUUACAAUUUAUGUACCAAUUUGUUAUUUUGUUAACUGCAUAUUUUACUUAUUCUCAAUAAAAUUGGAAACAUUUCA